GGGCCCUGGGUUCCUCCUGGUGCAGGACAAUGCCCAGCCUCCUGUGUCCAGAGUGUGUCAGCAGUUCCUGGAUGAUGAAGGCAUUGAUGUCAUUGACCGGCCCUCUUGUUCCUCUGACCUAAAUCCAAUUGAGCACCUAUGAGACGUUAAGUAUUGGUGCAUCCGACGCUUCCAAGUACCACCACAGACGGUCCAGGAGCUCCCUGAUACUGUGAUCCAGGUCUGGGAGGAGAUCCCCCAGGACACCAUCUGCCAACUGCCAAUAAAAUCACCUGAAGGCGGCAUCCGGUGCAGUUGAGAUUUACAGGGCUGUAAUGGGAGAGGUGACGAGACAGGAGGACACCCCAUGUAUCUGAGCAGCUCUGUGAGUAUUUUCCCCAUGCUGAACUCAACCGGAGGAGCUUAUAUCCGUUUUUAAAACGCUGCAAGCUGAGGUGAGCACAAUUAUUGUUAUUAUUACAAAUGUUUCCAUGUUUCCACGAAUGUUUGGACAGCAACAGUUCUUGCUUUGAAUAAAAAUGUGGUUUCUAUCAUCACCAUUUAUAAUAGAGAAUACAAAUGUGCAUAUAGCAGCAUGGGCAGAUGAUGAGACAGUGGGCCCCUGGGCACAGAUCUGCAAAGGCGACCCACCACCUCUCCUACACAGGAGUGGGACACAGACUUUCUUUGUGGCCCUUAGGCGUCUUUUUGUGGGUUUGUGUCUCUUUGAGGUCAUUUUGUGUCUUUUUUCUAGUCAGCAUGUGUCUCCUUCUGGUUGUUUUGUGUCUCUUUGGAGUUAUUGUGUGUGUCUUUGCAGUUCCUUUGCAUCCCUAUGUGGUGUUUUUGAUCUCCUGCCACUGUGGGCCCCUGGGCCUGUGCCUGAAUGGCCUGUUCAGUAAACCAUCCACGAAUGAGGUCUCUCUGUUUGAGCUGUGCAGGAGGAAGAAGUGCCAAGAUGUUCCCUCCGUGUGUGUUGCUGAUGCUGCUGUGUCUUCAGUGCGGACGGCUCUGCCACGCCCUGCAGAUGGUGCAGUCACUAAAUCUUCAGGUGGAGUACGGGGAGUCGGCCAUCUUGCCUUGUGAUGGCUCAGCCUACCUGGAGGAGGAAGGGAGUGUCCAGUGGGAGGCAAUGGGGGAGGAUGUGGCUAUCCUGUGGAGCGGGGAGCUACAUCAGGGGGACAAAUUUCAGGACCGCGUUGAGCCGCUCUCGGAGGACAAGCUCAGGGAGGGAGACUGGUCUGUGGUCCUCCGGGACACAAUGCUCAGUGACACUGACAUGUACGAGUGCAUUUGGCAAGGAAGGAAAACCGUAGCAACAGUAUGGCUCACUGUCACGGUGCCCCAUGUUAAGCGCUCGAUAGUGGUGCCUGCUGGUGACUCGGUUGAUCUUGCCUGCUAUGUUCAGAUCUCCAGAAGCCAGUCCGUCAGCGAUAUGCUCAUCUGGUGGACCAGGAACGGCAGCACCAUACUGUCAAUAGAAAAAGAGGAUUUGUACUCGACUGUGGUGGUGUCUAGCCCCGAGGACGUGUCCCGAAUCAGUCUAGGGUUUGAUGGUAAAGAAGCAUUUCAUCUGUACAUGAGCCCGACAAAGAUAAGUGACAGUGGAGAGUACCACUGUUUGUAUAAAACCAGGGAAACUGAUGAGCCCAGGUCUGGGACACCAGAGAGUAUCACUUUGACUGUGCUGGAAACGGACCCUACUGAUAUUGUUUUUAACCAUGACGAGACGACAGACGACUGGCUCAGUGCAUCAGACUGGCCUACGAUAGUUACAACGGAGGAGGUGACAGGUGUCAAUGAUCUUACACCUGUUCUCCUGGAGGAAUCCACACAGCUGAUGAAAGUGGUGACAAAGGCGCCAUCGAUGGAAGCCUUCGAGGAGACGAUGACAUCGUUCCCAGAUGAAGAGGCAUCGUCUAAGUCUCUCCCAUGGGUUCGGAUCGGACUCAUCACCGGAGUCUUGCUGGUCACAGUGGCAGUGCUGUGCAUUCUGAAAGCUCAACAGAAAAUUUGACAUGCGCAGCAGGAGAGAUGGAGUCCAACUCGGACCAUUCAGCUGAGCUACGUGCAGGACGUCGGCGCUGGGUGAUCAAGGAAGAGCUUCGGCUCGAGUUGUGUAAAUGACGUGCGGUCUAAGGAAGGAGUACCUGUGGGCAAACCCAACGAGUGUUAGUGUGAAAAUGUUUGUCAUGUCGUUGAAGACGUCCAGAAGAACACCCCAGCGCUCAACUGCAUCAUGCCAGACACGGCUUUGUGGACUGCAUUCAGGACUUGAAACGGCUUGGUGUGUCCUUUGUUUGUCCGUGAUGGUGUUACAGUAUGUCUCUACACACAGUCCAUUUUUCUCAGCAUGAACUCAACACUUUUUGUCAAUGUGUGACCGUAAAACUUGUGUUUUGUACAACGCAGACCAGAAAACAUGGAGACUUGUGUGUUGACUAGACAGCCUGUCUCUAUAAUGUAUCAAAUAAAGACUUGGCUCUUCAGCUAA